AUGGCGUCCCUCGAAGAGCUUCUCGAUAGCCUCCACUACCUCUAUCCGGCAUUGGCCUUCACCUAUUUUGCAAUUGCUUCUGCUGUUGCUGUGUGCACUCUUCAGACUUUGCGGGCAGCCAAUAACCCAGGCAAAGAGUUCAUCCCUCGGUCAUGGAUCCUCAACCUUAUCGUUGCCUUUGUCCUUACCUACGUCGCCCAGAUUGCCGUCAUUGCCAUUCAGUCCAUCAUCCUUCAAGAAUGGAUUGGUCAGGAGCAUGAGGUUAUUGGCUUGCUGUCCUGCAUUCUUGUCUUUGGUACUCAAUUGGCCUUCCUUUCCGACACAGAACACCCUGUGUGGACACCGUACUGGGGCUCGUGGCUCAUUUCCUUGGUUUUCGAGCCCAUGAUUGGAGUGCCAGAUCUCAUUAUCAGACGCUCCAGCACUUUCGAGCACUGCCGCAUCGCUCACCUUGUCUUUGCUGGUCUCCGUUACUAUCUACUUCUUACCAUUGUCUCCAUCUACGUUGUUCAGCGUAUCCGAGCUAGCCAGGAAGAAGCGACAGACGAAGAACGGCAGUCUCUUCUCGGCCAAGAUGACCCAAAGUCGCGAUUGAGCAGCUCAGGAAACGGGAGCCAGGGCUCUACUUCUACGUACGGAACGACAAGUGAUCCGCCAGAGUCGUACUGGGCAGAACGCCAGCGAAAGGCACAGGAGGAGAUGGAGAAGCGCCUUCAGGAAGAGGGUAACUGGCUAACGUACAUUAAGGGCUUCGGCAUUUUGUUCCCCUAUAUCUGGCCUGUCGGACAGAAAUCCCUGCAAUUACGCCUUUUCCUUGUUGGACUCUGUCUGCUCGCCGGGAACGCUCUCAACCUCUUGAUCCCGCGUCAAUUCGGUAUCAUCGUCGAUGAGCUCAAAGACAAGAACUUCAGCAGCGCCUGGUACGGAGUUGCGAUCUACGGUCUGCUCAGAAUCGCUGCUUCUGACGCUGGUAUUGAGUUUCUGCGAGAAUGGCUCUACCUGCCUCUUGAGGUAUACGCCGAUGGGGCUCUGAGCACAGCAGCUUACCGACACAUUUUGAACCUCUCAGCCGACUUCCACGAUUCGAAGAGCACAUCUGACAUCAGCCUGGCCAUGUAUGGCGGGUCAAGUGUCUCCGAUCUCCUGGAGUCUAUCUGUUUUCAAGCUCUUCCCAUGCUGAUCGACCUGGUUGUUGCCAUUGUUUACCUCUCGGUUAUCUUGGGGCCUUAUGAAGGUCUCAUCACCCUGGCGACCAGCACACUUUUCUUGUUCAUCGCUACGAAGAUGAUUGCUGUGAUGAAGGAACGCAGACGGGCUCACGUGAACGCCCAGUACGCCGAGCACUACGUACGCCAGACUGGAAUCACGGGUUGGCAUACGGUCGCAUCCUUCAAUCAGACGACAUAUGAAGAUGUGCGCUACUCUAACGCAAUCCACACCCGCAUCAACUGGACUAAGCGUGUACGUCUCGGGUGGUUUACUGCGCAAGCAUUCCAGUCUUUGGUUCUUCUCUGUGGUCUGUUGGCCGGCGCGAUUCUGGCUGUGUACAGGAUCAAAAAUAGCAAGGCCACCCCUGGUGACUUGACAAUGCUCCUGAUGUACUGGGCUCAACUCACGUCCCCACUGCGGUUCAUGGCCAGCCUCGGGAAGAAGAUUGGAAGCGAUUUGAUUGAUGCCGAGCGACUGUUGGACAUCAUGAAGAAGGAGCCAACAAUCGUGAACAAGAAGGGGGCCCGUCCCCUGAAGCUUAUUGGUGGCAACGUCGAUUUCAACGAUGUGAGCUUCACCUAUGAUUCCAAGAAGAAGAUCAUCAACAGCAUCUCUCUUUCUGUUCCCGGCGGCCAGACGGUGGCCUUUGUUGGUGCUACUGGUGCCGGCAAGUCCACCAUGUUGAAGCUACUCAACCGUUUCUACGACGCCAGCGAGGGAUCCAUCUUGAUUGAUGGGCAGGAUGUGCGUGACGUUGACUUGCACAGCCUCCGUGACCGCAUUGGCUUGGUGCCCCAGAAUCCUGUGCUCUUCGACGACACGAUCAUUAGCAACAUUCGGUAUGCGAGAAUCACCGCUUCUGACGAUGAGGUCUUUGAAGCUUGCAAGGCUGCUUGCAUUCAUGAUAAGAUCAUGACUUUCACCGAUGCAUACAACACGCGAGUUGGUGAGAGGGGAAUCAAACUUUCCGGCGGCGAGCUGCAGCGUGUUGCUAUUGCCCGGGCAAUUCUCAAGCAGCCCGAGAUCGUGCUUCUGGACGAAGCGACAAGUUCAGUGGACACCGACACAGAGCAGAAGAUCCAGCAGUCAUUCAUGCAGCUCUGCAAGGGACGAACCACAUUCAUUGUCGCUCAUCGACUUUCAACCAUUAUGAACGCCGAUCGCAUUGUUGUCAUCGAGGACGGUGAGGUUGUCGAGCAGGGCAAUCAUGCCGACCUCGUUACCGCUCAGGGAAGGUACGCAGACCUAUGGUCUAAGCAAACCUUCCUGAAGCCCAAGGAUGACGAUUCCGCCAUCAACAAGAAGUCGUCUGCAAGUGACACCGACGAGUCCACGCUCGAUGGCACAUCGGAGAUAGAUGCUUCUGCGUCUGAGGACACCCACACGACACCGACUCAGGCGAGCAAGGGAAACGAGGCUGUUCAGACUCCCGGUAAUCACAAGAAAGAGGGAUCUCGAUUGAACCCCGUUGCACCCGAAUUUACGCCCAAGUCGACCCCCAUCACCAAAAUUUCUUUUCCAUCCCCCACUCGCCAGCCCAUCACAAAUUCCACGAGGCCACAUGUCUCGCCCAUUCGACAGACUCCCAAGCGGGUUUUGAAUUGGGCGAGCGCGACUUCUUCGGAUGACGAUUCCUCCCCACGAUCCACCGUUGACACCACGACCAUUUCUGCCGGCAGCCGCGCUCAAGUAAGCUUUCUUUCUGGUAAGCUUCCCUUCAUGGUGUAUGAUAGCUCCGAGGAAAAGAUUUCUGACCGCGGUAUGGCGUUAGGUGCUCGACACGACAGUAGGGUACAAGACUCUGACAACGACUCGGUGGACACUGUCAUCAAGCUUGAGCCUCCCCUAUUCAGAACCCCUCACCCUACUGCCCGUCGCUACAACGCCAUGAGCGAUUCCAAUGGACAAGCUUGUGGCGAUACUGAUGCGAUGGACCAAAGUGGCGAUGAUGCUGAUGGAGUCAUUGCUGUAAGAUCCUCACAGCCAUCCAUAGCCGAGCGAGAAACUAAUCGGCUGCAGGAGGUACGCCAUGUAUCUGCACCGGUCUUGAAGUUGAAGACCGUCACACCGGGCCAGGAGACUCGUGCUUCCCCAAUGACCAUCAUCGUAUCCAAAGACUUGAUCAACGACAAGCUGCCGACACCCGGCUUGACUAGCAAUCCUGUCUGUCGCCACAAGGAGAAUGUGCCUGAGGGAUCUCACGGUCCGGUUGCAAUCAAAUCAACGACGUCAUCUUCUCCUCUCAAGGAGGUCAUGCAGUCUAACUCAGCUGCAUCCUCGCUCGCUCGAGAUUCUCAGCAGCCCAACAACAAUCGUGGUCAGAGAAAGCGACACAACCGAGGCGGAGGCCGUGGGCGUGGUCGCCAUGGCCAUGCGAAACCCCCCGAUCAUAGCGCUCAUCAUUAG